AAUUAUUCCAAUGAAUUCGUUUUCAUAUUUUUUUAAUUUCUUCGAAAAUAAAAUAUUAUUUAUAGGGAAAUGAUGUUUAUUCAUGAAUUACAUCGCUAACGUAAUUUGUCCAAUGUUAUGAAACUAAUGUUGCUUGGUUUACAUUACUUUUAAUUUCCAUAUCAAAAGUAGUAAAUACUAUUUAUUUCAGUUUCAGUUCUAUUUCGACUCGUAACGUAAGUAUUGACAGAGUAAGUCGCAAGUCAGAUUUCUAACGAGUAAGAUGGAAUGGAGCAAUGUAUUAAAUCCUACCGUUAGAGUGAAAGAUGAGCCUCUUGAUGAACCUUUCAACGAUGAUAAUGAUUACAAAAUAAUUGACACUACACCCGUUACUCGAAAUGUCAAAUACGAAAGGUUUUGGCAAGAAAAUUCAGGCCAAAUGCUUCAAGAAAUUGACAAAAAUCAUGAAAAUGAAUAUGACGACAUCCAAAUCGAAAUGGAAUGUACCGACAUGAAGCCCAACUUAUUGGCGGUUAUGAAAAUUGAAGAUUAUUCUUCAAAUCAAUGGCCGAAUAGUGACGAGUAUGAAACUGGAAGCAAAAUAAAACUAGAAACUGUCGGGACAGUGAAGAAAGAAAUUUUAAGCGACGAAGAAACUGAUUUGAAUUCCAGACGUGAACUCAGCGAACAAACUGAAACAAGAAGUGUUUCAAAAAAGUCGAUCUGUAAGAAGAGUCUUAAAGCACACGUGGGUAUAGUGCAAAGUGGUAUCAAUUAUGCAUGCGAUAUAUGCCAAAAGACAUUCUCAGACAAGAGUAAUCUGAAAAAACAUAUCGAUUCGGUGCAUAAUAAAGUCCGGCAUGCAUGCGAUAAAUGCCCAAAGACAUUCUCAGACAAGGGUUAUCUCAAAAAGCACAUAGGGUCGGUGCAUAAUGGUGUCGGACAUGCAUGCGAUAGAUGCCCAAAGAAAUUCUCAGACAAGAGUGGUCUGAAAAGGCACAUCGAUUCGGUGCACACGAGAGUCGGACAUGGAUGUGAUAUUUGCCAAAAGACAUUCUCAGACAAGAGUAAUCUCAAAAUACACAUCGAUUCCGUGCAUAAUGGUGUCAGACAUGCGUGUGGUAUUUGCCAAAAGACAUUUCCACACAAGGGUUAUCUCAAAAUCCAUAUCGAAUCGAAACAUCAUAAAAUUACGCAUCCUUGUAAUAAAUGCCAAAAGACAUUCACAGAUAAGGGUUAUGUAAAAAAACACAUCGAUUCGAUGCAUAAUGGUGUUGGACAUGCAUGCGAUAUUUGCGGAAACACAUUCACACGAAGACAUCAUCUCAAAACCCACAUAGAAUCGGUGCAUAAUAGUGUCAGACAUGCAUGCGAUAUUUGCGAAAAGACAUUCACAACAAAGUAUUAUCUCCAAAACCAUAUCGAUGCUGUGCACAAUGGAGUUGACUUCGCAUGUGAAGUGUGCGGAAAUAGAUUCACACUAAAAUAUUAUCUCAAAAGGCAUAUGGAUGCGGAGCACAAUGGAAUUACCCAUCCAUGUGAUAUGUGCACAAAGAAAUUUAUUGCGAAAAGUAGUCUGAAAGCCCAUAUCGAUGCUGAGCACAAUGGAAUCACCCACGCAUGUGAUUUCUGCGAAAAAAAAUUUAAAUAUCAGAAUUAUCUCAAUAAGCAUGUGAAAUCUUCGCAUAAUGUUAUAACCCAUUCAUGCGAGACAUGCGGCAAGACAUUUGGACAGAAAAGAAAUCUCAGAGCUCACAUCGAUGCGGCGCAUCGCUCACGCAAUGUGACUUAAUAAAUUUAUCGAAAAUACUAUAAAAACAAUACAUUUUAAUAUAAAAAGAGCCAGAACAUGUUUCUUAAACAAUAAAUCGAUUUAUCCCUUAGCUUUAUAAUUUUACUUUGAAUCUUAAUUCUUAUUAAAUUCUUUAUUAUUCUGAUAAUCUGUACCGAUGGUUCACAAUAUGACACUGACGAAUUUACUGUAUAUCAUAUAUCAAACCGGUUCUAUAUAAAUUUUUUUUUGAU